AAUGACAGUUCCUCUGACAAAAUACAAAAUGGUUGAAAACUAAAGUUGGCAAACAAAGAAAGGCAGCGUAAUAUCGUAUUUUAGCAUUAAAAAACUGUUUUUUUAAGUGAAAGCUAGUUAGAUUAGUGUGUAUUGAGUGUGUAGUUCAAGAUGUUGGACCUGGAAAUCAUUCCGGAGCGUUCCCUGGGCUGUGAUGCUUGGGAAUUCGUUUUAGGGAUGCAUUUUUCUCAGUCGGUUGCCAUAAUACAGAGUCAAGUGGGUACAAUACGUGGAGUCCAAGUCCUAUAUAGUGACCAGAACCCACUAUCGGUAGACCUAGUAAUCAACAUGCCCCAGGACGGCGUGCGGUUAAUAUUCGACCCGGUCGCGCAGCGGCUCAAGAUCAUAGAGAUCUACAACAUGAAACUAGUUAAGCUUAGGUAUAGCGGCAUGUGUUUCAACUCUGCGGAGAUAACGCCAUCUAUCGAGCAUGUGGAGCACUGCUUCGGCGCGACGCAUCCCGGCCUUUACGACUCGCAGCGCCAUCUGUUCGCGCUCAACUUUCGCGGACUGUCCUUCUACUUCCCCGUCGAUAGCAAGUUCGAGCCGGGGUACGCGCACGGACUAGGUUCCCUGCAGUUUCCCAACGGCGGCUCGCCCGUCGUCUCCCGCACCACCAUCUACUAUGGAUCUCAACAUCAGGUCAACUCGAGCAGCCAGCCAUCGAGCUGUGUAUCGAGCUGCGUGUCGGCAGCGCCGCUGCCUGAGCUGCCUCUAUCGUGCUACCGGCACCAGCUGCACCUGCGGCGCUGCCACGUGCUGCGAGACAGGCACGCCACCACCGGCCUGCGCCUGCACAUGUUCACUCAAGGCACAAGUCGAUCCCUGGAAGCGGUGCGCAUGUCAGUGAGCCGCGUGGUUCGGUUCGGCGACUCGUGCCAGUGGGUGUCCCGCGCCCUCGGAGCCCCGCAGCGGCUCUACUACAAGGCGGACGAUAAGAUGCGCAUCCACCGCGCAGCGGCCCGCCGCCGCCCCCCGCCCGCCAGCGACUACUUCUUCAACUACUUCACGCUGGGACUGGACGUGCUGUUCGACGCUCGCACGCACCAAGUGAAGAAGUUCGUGCUGCACACCAACUACCCGGGACACUACAACUUCAACACCUACCACCGCUGCGAGUUCGAGCUGCAAGUGCAGCCUGACAAAUGCGACCCCAACUCCCUGGUGGACCGGGGUGGCGCGGUGCGUGUGACCGCGUACAGCAAGUGGGAGGUGGUGUCCCGCGCGCUGCGCGUGUGCGAGCGGCCCGUCGUGCUGAACCGCGCCUCUUCUACCAACACCACCAAUCCGUUCGGAUCCACCUUCUGCUAUGGCUACCAGGACAUGAUUUUUGAGGUGAUGCCAAACAACUAUAUCGCGUCGAUCACGCUGUACCAGCCCGAGGGCGCGCGGCCCGUCUACCCGCCCGUCAGCUCCAUCGCGUGACACACCCAGGCAUCCCCAAUCAAAGGCAAAUACGCGUCCUGAACUAUUUCAGCAGUCUUCACACAAUCCUCCACUGGUGUGGCUACAGCCAAACAGGUAACACAGCCGCCACACAGAGCCACCGCCCACUCCGCGCGCGAUAUACGCCGCGACACAUAUCCCCAAAGCACCUAAGAGGAAACAGUAUUUAAAAAAAAUGUGAUAAAAAAUCUGUGAAAAAAAAACUUAAAAAAAAGUUAAGUGAGUGACAGAUCUCAAGGUGUGUAAGUUUAAUUUAAUUCCUUAGCUACAAUGGACGAAAAAUAGUAAAAAAAGUUAAUAAUUUAAAAAAAAUCACACGUAUUUUUAAGUGAACAGUUUUAAAUAAUAGUCAAAUGUGUUCUAUCAUUUUUUAUCGCGGACUCGAAAUUCGAAAAAUCCAAGGGAAAGAAUAAAUAGAACUUUGUAAAUAUUUUUUGAAAAAUAAAAAGAAAAUGUCGAGAAAUUAAUAUUAAUGGUAAUGGAAAAUGAAUCAUGUAAUUGAUGUAUUUUUUCUAUGAAUAUGACAUGAAUUUCGGUCGAGAUGUUUGGUGUGUGUUUGACAAAAGUGCGAAAUAUUUUCUCUAUGCACCACAUUAUGCCAUGGACGUGUUUGUUAGAUAGUAGUUGUGCCUCUUAUGACGCGUUAUAGACUAAGAGCUAGCGACAAAAACUUUGUCCGCCUACCCUCAUAAAAACCACACAACCAUAAAUUCGUAAACCUUUUACCUACGUAUUUAAAAUUGGAAUUCAUUUUAUAAAAUCCUUUCGCCUUUAAUAGGUACAUUUAAUUAUAAAUAAAAACAUUAUAUUGUAUGUUGGUUUAAAUAAACAGGUAUAUACUGUGUGAAAAAACCAGCAUUAACAUUGUAAAAUCUUUACAUUAAGCAAAAAAAAAUAUGAAUAUAAGUUUUGUCGGUUAGCUUUUAGACUAUGAUUAUGGGAUAGUUAAAAUAAAACGUAUUAUUCCAUAGUGACAACGCAUUAUUUUUAGUGAAAAAAAAAAUCGUAUACUUUUUUAAUAUUUUUUUAUUUGACGAUGAUCUGAAAUGCAAACAAAUUAACAAACAUAUUUUAUAUUUAUUUUUUAUUCUAUAAUGUUAAUAGAUAUGUGUUUUAUAUACAUAUUCUGAUUUUAGUCUUUAGUAUAUCUGGGCUAAGCUUCAUUUUUCUAAAUUAACGGUUUUCGUAUGGAAUUUGUGAACUGUGGAGCUUACUUCGUUAUGAUAUUAUAUGUAAAUAUAAACGCCCACUGCUUGGCUCACUCCUCACCAUAUUUAUUCGGAGGACAUGUGGAGCAUACUCCACCCCUCGCUCCACUUCGGCCACACGCCCAAUUUUUAAAUAAAUUUUAAGAAUCAAUACCGAGGCUAUUUAGAAAAAACAUUUUCUUGAUUGAUGGAUUUUUAUUAUAUAAACGAUUAUAUUCUGUUUUAAAUAAUGGAAACAUUUAUAAAUUGUUUUUUUAUUUGUUUUGUUAUUUUGUGCUGCAUUUAUUCAGAUCAGAAAAUCAAACACUUUUCGAUUAAAACUUUUAUGCGAACCAAAAAUCGAAAAGAAUUAUUAAUUAUUAUAUUAAUUUAUGCGGAACUAAGUGAAAUUGGUUAUACUAAAUAAAAAUACCCUCUGGAAAAAUACUAAAUCACAUUUUUUAUUUUAAUUAAGCCCGGUAUUUGUCGGGUAUUUUUUUAAAAAGUAAUGUACAGAUAAUAAAACAUACUACACGCGUUACUAGCGCCAUAAUUGCAUAUAAAAUUUACCUAGUGGACAUUUUAUGCAACAUUGGACCGUUAUAAAUUAGGCAACUAAUUUGACUAGUUCUCCAUGCGCCACUAUUUGUACGCAAUAUAUUUUUUUAAUUACCUGUGAGUUUUAAAUCGCUUUUAAAAAUAUUACUCAUAUUUUAAAUGUACUAUUUCACUCAGUUCAGCUUCAAUUUAAAAAAAUACAAUUAUGAAAUUUUUAUCUACUUAUUAUUUUAAUUAUAAUAGUUAUCGCUCAGAUUCGAAAUAUGUAGGAAUAAAAUUGUGAAUUUUAGAAUGUAAAAUGACAAGGCUUCGAGAAUGCUUGAAUAAAAAAAUAAAAUAUUUUCGAUAUUAGGUAGUGAUACGUUUGUGUGCAUGUGAAUAUGUCAGUCACAAAUAAGUAGCCUGCUUUUUAUUUUUUAAGGACCAUAGAGUUUAUAGUCUGUGCGUUAUAAGGAGUUCAGUCUUGACAGCUGUCAUAAUCAGCUUCGAAAUAUUGUCCAAAUGGAGCAACUUCUAUAAAUAACACUUACGAUGCUUUCACAUUUUUUAAACUUUCAUUAAAUAUAGAGUUUAAUGGUUUUCCUAUUUAAUUGGUACUAUUUUCGAGGAUAUUUUCCAAGGUGAAGUAAUUUUCCCGAAAAAUAACAAGUUUAAUUUAAUGGGUCAUUAUACUUAGUAUUUUCAACACCUGAUGACUAGGCAGCAUAAUCUUAUGACCUUAGUCGACCGUUAAAUGGGUGCAGAAAAAAACACUGAGAAACCCAGUUGUCGUGUGAUUUAACUUCAGAAUUCUUUUAAUUUCGGCCUUUUUAAAGACAGAUUGUAAAAGACGUUUAAAAAAUAAUUGAGUGUAAUACAUACUCAAGUUUCGACGAUUGAAAAAAAUAAUUUUUUUGCUUAGCAGUUAUUUCAUUUUGUAACUAGAAUGUCUGGAAUUUUAUAAAAGUCCGGUUUUUAUCGGGACUUACCUUUUGAACUGAUAUUUGACAGCAGUUAUACUGGUCACAUUGUAAUGUACAGACUAUAUUUAUUAUUAACUAAAUCAAUACAACCACCAGACCUCGGUUUUGUUAUUUAUAAAGUACUAUUGAAAUACUUUCAUGACCACGACUUAAGGUCUAGUUUGCAAAAAUAUCUUCAAACUAUUGGUUAGUCAAUAUUGUCUUACUUCCUCAACCCGGACACUUCAUACAAAACUUACGAGCGAGACUCUGAUACUCUUUAUGACUAUAUAAAACUAAACCCAGCGCGGUAAGGUCGGCGCCCGAUACGAAUUGUUCUAUAGGUAUAUUAUUCUUUCAUCUAUGCUACUGUUACGAGUCCAUAACUCAAGACAUAACUAAUCAUUUAAAAGACAAUUAAGCGUUUCCUACAGAUUGGUAUAAACCAGGGAUGUUAAGGAGAUCCGUAACCGUAAACGAAACUAUCGGAUAUCCGAUAUAAAAAAUCAUCCAACCGAAUCCGAAAUAAAAGUUUCGGAUAAUAUCGGAUAGGGGCGGAGUUGAUCGGCUGGCCGCUGCUGCCAGUGCCGACACACAAGCCGCGCGCAUUGUUUGUUUUUUUCUUUUGUCGUGAUAACAUUAUAAAUUAUAACUUAUCAUUAUAAAUAAAACCACUUUUUAUGUAUUUUACUUUUGAAAUUUGUUAAAAAAAUUAUAUCCGCAACCAAAAUUAUCCGAAAGUAACGGAUAAUCCGAAAUAAUUUAUUAUCCGUAACCGUAUCCGGUGUAAUAAUCAUUCUGAAAUCCGUAUCCAAUACGUAUCCGAAAUGUUAUGUUCAUAACAUCCCUGGUAUAAACAGUAGGAUAAUGCCAGGAUCAAAUAGGUAAGCUUUACAUCCUUCAUAUUACCGAGAAAUGUUUCCUUACCAAAGUUAUGGGAUAUGGAACAUGUUCUAACCGCACCACUGCGGGUUGAUGAAAAUGUCUAGGCUAGAAAAUACCACGUUGGAGUGAUCUCUUUGCACCCUUUUGUCCGGGCAAGUAGUUAAUGCCAUUUGCGGGAUAUCUACUUACAAUAAGUUACGGAAAAAGAGAAACUUGUCUUUCUGUCAUUAGGAAAUUUAUGCGUCUGCCAAUUAUAUAGAAUGAAGUGUUUUUUGCAACAGGACAUUUUGCUGCUUUAUUGCAAAAUGUAGUUUUUUUAUAAUAAUAUAGACUCGCGUUUGACCACAAUCUCACCUGAUGAUAAAUGACGAUGUGGUCUAGGGUGGAUCAUGCUUACCCGGCAAAUGCCUAUUCACUCUAGCUUUGAAGACUCCCAGAUUAUAACGAGUUGGAAAAACAGACGACGGCAGACAGUUCCAAUCCUUCUCUGUUUACAUCAAAAAGGAAGAGGCGAAACGUUUAGCGCGGAUUGGUGGUAUAUCCACAACAUAAGGAUGAAAUGUCUGCCGACGUCUAGUUGCCCGUAGAUGGAAUGGAGUGGGUGGGAUUAACUCGCGAAGUUCCCGCGCACACUCACGGAAGUGUAUCCUAUAAAAGACCGACAGACAAGCUAUCCUUCGUCUAUGGUCUAGACUUUGGAGUCGAGUCUCCACAAAAGAGUCUUUGUCUAUGAGUUUUAUUGCUCGUCGCUAAAGUCCGCCCCACGAGAGGAGUCCACGGAUUUUAAUUGACAAGUCACAGUCAAACAGAAUCUGCAACUACUAGUGCCGCGGCGGGAUUUCCUUGGUGGUGCAGAUUAUAUUUAAAACUAGGUAUUAACUUUAAUCUACAUUUUGCAAUAAGGCGGUAAAAGUCGUAAUUUUAAAACUAAAUGAGCUUAUCUGUAGAAUAUGGAGGCUGGUUGUGACGGUGCGAAUUUAGUUUUUGGUGUUAAGGUGUGUUAUUGCUUGCGCCUUUGGAUUGCUUUGAAGACUUUUGAUACUUCUUAUUUGAAUUGAUUUGUCUAAUAUGCAGUUCCUAAUAUGGAGCAUAAGCUUCUCCCUUAUUCAUACUACGCUGUGGACCCAUCCAUUGCCGGUUGGUCGGUUGGUGGACAUCCAAAGGUAGUUUCCUAGCUCAAAGAUAAAUUAUGAAAUUCCAAUUACUAAAUAAAGACAGAUCAAAAAGUGACAAAAAACGUUUUCACUUUUCUAUUUAAGUUAUUUAUGAAUUUUAAUAAAGGAUAAUGUAAUAAUAAGUACGACAUUUUGUCACGUUUUCUAUGACGUCGCAAGUUGCUUUUUUAUACAAAUUCCACAGUAUUUUCGUGUUCAAACGUUUUGUAAAAAGUAUCUGAUUUGACUAGUUGAAAAAAAAAAUCGUAAUUAAAAUAAAUUUGACAUAAAAAAAUCGGGUUGUCUGUAUUGACAAAAAAAAUAUGUUCUUUUUUGGAAUGGUCUACAAAGCACUCUUCAAAGCAGUCCAAAUGGUACUUUUUAUUAUUUAUUUAUUGCACAAUUUAAGUCUCGAGUGUUUGUUAUGAGAAACUUAGUGGCUGUGGUGCCAUACAACAAAAAAAGUUAAAAAAAUUGACAAAUAAAUAACAAUAAAAAAUGAACUAAGUAUAAGGUAGCGUACGCUGCGCUCGAUAUUUGUAUGCGGAUCGAUAUAAUACACUUUUUUACACACAAAACAUGCGGUAGUAAUGCUAAAAAACAAUAUAUAUCAGGCAAUGUAUGCUGAAAGUGAAAAUAUACACCAUUUUGAUAUAUUAAAUGACCGAAAGUUCAAAUUGAAUUAAAUUUAAAAACAAUUUAUGGGUUUUUGGGGAAAUUAAUGGAUUUCAUAAGAUCGUAUCUUUAUACGGGAUCUUCUUAAAUAUUUUCAAAUAGCCUGUUUUAAAUAAUGCCAUGUUUUUUUUUAAAUUAUAUAUUACAUUUGGAGUGAAAAUAAUAAUAUACAAAGGAGAAAUCGAAGAAGUACAAUAGGCUGAUUUAUUGCUAAUUACCAAUAUCUUCCAAGCAACCUUUGGUUAUAUUAUUUAGCGGGAUCAUGCAGAGGGUGCAGCAUAGUGAUUUGCUAGACAAAAAAAAAACUUUCACCAUUGUUCUUCUUCUAUCCUGUGGGUUGUGAGGUAGAUUACAAACCUCAUUAACCCUGGUGUCAGGGUUAUUAUUGAGCCGCCAAAGGCCCCUGACAUGGCUCAUGUAACGACUACAUACUUACAUCAUGAUGUAGUAACCACUAUUGUUUUGUGUGUAUGAAUGAGUAGUUGUAAAGUCCGUAUAUGGAAUAUCGAGUUAUUUUUUUAUAUAAUUAGCUUAUUUUCGGCUCGCCGCGUCGUGUGCGCUGUGCGUCACUUAAUACAUAAUGUUUACGCUGUUAUAACGUUGAUGGGGCUAUAUAUACUUCCUUUUCAAUAUCACUUGCGGCAGGCUCUGCCCGAAAACGGAAUUAUAUCGAGGAUUUCGACCAAUAGACGCACUAUCUACGUGGAUAGACAUAGUGGGUGCCGUGCCGCGAGGACUGUUGAAUUUAUUUUCAACAUUAAAUAUUAGUCUCUCCAAUUAUGGCACACAUUUUUUCUGGCCCGGCUUCUAAAACUAGCAUUAUCUCUCUCUUUCACAUAAGUGUGCGUAUGAGCUCUUUUUAGAGCUGUCAAACUAAAAUAAAACAAUUUUAUCUCCGCCAGGAUCUACCCAAAUACGCAUUUCCAACAGGGAAAGUGAUAAGCUAAUUAAAUAUGGAAUUCCGCUUUGCAGUAACGCAUAGAUAUCAUUUUGUCCUUAUAUAAAUUUUGUGUAAGUACCAAAUAAUUCUAUAUAUGCGGGCGUGAGUUCUGUGCGCACAUUUAUAUCAGGGAAGUAAAAGUAAAUGUAAAAUUGCCUCAUCAAGUUUAUAACGGCAAAGUCAGCCUUCAAAAUUUAAUUCAGACAUUAAAAUCCUCUGUUAUACACAUUAAUAAAACCAAUUAUUGCGGGUAACACUGCAAGAAAAGUUGCUAAUCGCGAUAAAAUAAAUUUAUAAACGCACGUAAGUUUGGUACCGUUUCAUGAAAAAUCAGUGUGCAAUCUUUCGACUCAUCAAAGGCUGACGUAUGUAAAAUCGUAUAAUAUAACUAUAGUCUGUAUUAUACGUGUAGUAGAGUUAUAUUAUGCAUUUAGUGAUACAUAACAAUCUUUGGGCGUUUUUUUACAAUUUUUUUUCGUAUUCAACUCUAAAUUAUUUGUUCGGACACUAAAAAAAUCUUGCUCGUAGCAUAUGGCACGCAUAUCGCGCGCGGUACGAUAAAUAAGCCAAUAGACUUAAUUUUUUUUAUUGCUUAACUAAUACAGGUGGCUCAUAUAUCGCAUCGCGCGCGAUAUGGGAGUAACAUGUUACGGGGGCAGAGGUUAUAAUUUGUUGAUAAAGUACUGUUUUCUUUCUCUUUAAGAUCUUUUCAGUUUACGACUGGAAAAAGGAAUGGUUGGAGACGCCUGAUAUAAUGUCUAACACUUUUUUUUAUAUUACGUACUUUGUUUAUACAAUUAUGCAAAUAUUUUUGGUUCCAAUAAGUAAUAAUUGAGUUUAAACCGAAGUCAAAUUGUAAAUGAACACCCACGUAUGAUUAGGGCUUAGUCGAGACCCAUAACGUUACGGUCUAUAUUUUUAAUUAGCUACAAUUAUCAAGCAUAAUAUAAAGAAUAAAAAACACUUUUUUUAUUAACUAUGUACAUAAUAAUGAGUUCAUACGGGAUUCACAUUUUUUAAUGUUGCCAGAUAGCAAAACUCCUGUACUGUUUUGUGAAAUAGCCAAUAGUUUAUUUAUUUCCUAUCGUGUUGUAAAAAAAUUGUUGAAAGGUACAUUUGUUGAAUGUUAUUGUGUUAUAGAAAAGUUGUAAUGUGGUCUGCACUGGGUUAGGCCAUAUAAUUCACAAAAAAGAAAGUGUGCAAGUAACGUAAAAAGAAAUAUACUAUAUUUUGAAAAUAGAAUGAUAACAUGUCAUUUCAAUAUGAUAUCAAACGUCACUUUCAAAAGCCACAAGAACAAAUGAAUUCUCACAUUCUUCUCUCUUGUGGCUAUUAUAUUAUAUGGUAUUCUUUCUCAGUGCAAUGCACAAAAACUUGGGCAUUACAUGGAUGUGAUCAGUCAAAAUAUCAUGCAGUUACAGAAAAGUGUUCGAGUCCAUAAUGUGUUCAAUAUCUUCACUGUUCGAGCAAUAAUCUCGUUGUAAUUACAAAUUCAGUAAAAUCGUACAGUCUGAUAGAAAAGUGUAUAAAAUUGACGUUGUAAACCUAGACACUCCUUUUUUUUUUGGUAAUUUCUAUUCUACUUUUGUAUUGGUCAGCUUGUGAUUUAAAGUGCAUGUGAUUGGUUAAAUAUAAGCCAAUGUUGCCAAUUAAGCUUUUCAAUUUCUACACUUUUCUGUCAAAUAGUAGGAUUUAGAUUUAGCAUCCAUAUAUAAAUAAGAAGUAAAUGUCGUUUUCGGGUUUUAGUGGGUGUACUUUGCGAGUCCUUCGACCGCAGUGUUCGUAGAACUCGUUACAUGUUAAUAAAAUCAUUUUGUAUCCUUUUUUUUGGUGUUGCAAUCCUGCAGUUGCAAUGUAACGAUAUUUACAUAUUUUAUUAAAAACUAAAUGAAAUUGCUAUCAAAUUUUAAUGGCUUUAUUACUUGAAACUAUCGAAAAAUAAAUAAACCUGUUCUAAAGGUUAAAAGAUGACGGUUCUAUGGUAAACAUUAAUGGUCGCAGAUCGAUCUAGGAUGGAGUUAACGUUAAUUUUGUGCUUAUAUAUCCCUGAAAAUUCGUCGCUAAUGUCGCUAAUAGACCUAUCUGAAAUUAUCGGCGUAUCUGAUUUGCAACUUUUGCAAUUAUCAAGAAGACAUAAAUUAUUUUAGCAAAAUACUGCAGAUAUGCCAGUUCGUGAAAUCAGCCACGAAUUGGUCGCCAGAUUUCAAGUAUUGAGCCGAACAGGAUUCAAUUUCUAGAGAAUAUUGGUCAGCUUUUUCAAUCUGUUUUAGUAAAACAAAGCUAUGGAUAUUACUUUCACUAUUAUUUACGAGUACUUAUUAGUUUUUUGAAUCAUGUUUAUAUAAUAUUUUUGGACAGUUAAGUACAUCAGUUUUAUAUCUAUUGUUUUUGCAUAUCAGUUGAGCAUUUGUGACGUCACCAAAGGUAAGUAACAAUUGGUGCCGAUUUUCGCAGAUGCAAACUUAAUCUGUCUAAAAUUUGCGCUAUCUCUUUCUUGUACUUAAUGCAAGUGAAGGACGGCGCUAUUUUUAAAAUUAAGUUGGUCAGCCAGGAUCGUUACACAAUUACUUACUGAUUACGUCACAAUUGUCUCAAAGAAGACGAUCUAUGGUUAAGAGUACCCACAUUGUAGUUCGUAUCAAGUUAUUAUCAUCUGAUAGUUAUUUAGAAUGUUAUGACGCCGACUUCCUAAAUGCUCAUUAAAGGAUGUAAAGUUGUCAACAAUUUAAAAAACAAUGUGCAUUUACGAACAUACUAUUGACGUUGAUGCCUGCGUGUUCGUACGUGAACGCAAAAGUCGAAUUCCAAAGUGCGACAGGCCAAUCUUAUAGGUGCUGCGCUAAGGCCGGGUUUCCACUAACGCGGAGAUGGGUGAAGAAGAGCGGAGAUGAGCGGGUUUGUCCAAUCACAGCGUUCGAGAGAGCGAAAAACGAAGACGCACUGUCACUCUCUCCCUCGCGGUGAUUGGUCGAUUCCUGCACAUUUCCGCUCCUCACCGUCCAGCUCCGCGUCAAUGGAAACGCAGGCUAAGGGAGACCUUAGGCGCAAGUUGUUGAGGGCGCUUAGGUUGCAAUAUGCAUAAAGUUUUUCAUGACUUGUCAUUUAGUUCCAUUAAAAUCCGCAGGACUUGAUGAUGACCGACGUUAGAACCCUGUCGCACUAACAUAUUUGACAUUUAGUGAGAAUUACAGUUAAGUUUGGCAAAAAAGUUGAUGUGACAUGGUACUAAAGUGACAAAAAAGUACUUUACAUUCUUUGGUGAGGUUAUGGUAGGUGACGGUAGCCCUUUUAUUCUACAUUUAAGACGUUUAUGUAACUCGCGAUGUUUUGAUCAUAUCAUGCAACGCUGUUUUAUGGAAGGAAGUGGUUGUUAUUGCACGAACCGUGCUUAUAGGUCCCGUAGAGAAGUGUCACCGUCGACCGCAGAUUCUGUUCCCAACAGUCACUUUCCUCUUGAAAAUAAAGUUUUUGUUUGAUAUUUUUGGCAUUUUUUCUCGUGUGGGAGGAAUAGAUUUUUGCGUUGACGGGAACAUACCUUAUUGCUUGUGACGAUUGGCAAGUUAGUAAAGAGUUUUAAGGGGUUUUUAAAUACUAUCAAUGUGCAAAAGUUUUCGCAAAUAAUGCUCAUGUCUAGUUUACCAAAUGUUAUUACGAAAUUGAUUAACACGUCUGAGCUUAUGUCCUUUUCUUACCUGGAAAAUAGGAACAGGAUAACGCUUGGCAAAUUUAGUAUUUAGCACAGGACUUAAAACUCGUUUACCAUGGUCAUACAUAUAAAAAAAUAUACAUUCGACCUUCCUGUCCCCUUAAACACUCUUGCUAUAUUGUCAAAUUGUAAUUUUCUCAUACAUUGUCAACAUUUUUGUAGUCGACCAACAGUUGACGGUAUAUGCAGAAAGUUUUAGAAUCAAGAUUGUGAUCUACAGUUAUCCCUUUUAUAAUCUGUGGGUACAGAGGAAAGUGUCUCAAAAAAUACCAAAAAAUAAAGGAUUUCAUACCUAAA